AUGGCUUCUUCCACUGCUGCCGCCGCUAAGAGCGCAUAUCGUCAAGUACUCCGGUCCACCCGGGUGGUCUUCCACAGUACGAAUGAUCUCCCAGUCCUACUCGCUGCUCGUCAGGAGGCUCGCCAAAACUUCGAGAAGAACCGCCGUCCUGCUGUCGACACCGGCAUGCAAAUCAACCAUGCGAUCGAGGUCGCAAACAUCCUUCGCCACAACAUUGUGCAGGGUUCCAGGGAACAGGGCGACGAUACUGCCAAAUGGGAGCUUAACAUUCACGACCAGAUCGAGCGCGGUGACAACGACUCCAUCAAGGUCGGUGACAAGGAUGUGAAGAUUCACAAGUCUUGCUCUUCCUAA